GAGCCGGCGCCAGCCCGCUGUAGGCAUUCGGGGCAGUGUCUUCUGCAUCUCCUAAGAACCUCGGGAGCUGCAGCUCCGGCGCCUGGUAGCGAGAGGCGGGUUCCGGAGAUCCCGGCCCCACUUCGUCCCACUGUGGUUAGGGGUGAGUCCUGCAAAUGUUAAGCGAUUUGCUCAAGGUGCCCAUUUCGCAGGGAUUGGAGCCCAGGCCAGUUCUCUGAGCCUAUCAUUAGGGCUAAAGGAGUGCAUGAUCAGAAUGGCGUCGGGAUGGUUCUACCUGUCCUGCCUGCUGCUGGGGUCCCUGGGCUCCAUGUGCAUCCUCUUCACUAUCUACUGGAUGCAGUACUGGCGUGGUGGCUUUGCCUGGAAUGGCAGUAUCUACAUGUUCAACUGGCACCCAGUGCUUAUGGUUGCUGGCAUGGUGGUAUUCUACGGAGGUGCAUCACUGGUGUACCGCCUGCCCCAGUCGUGGGUGGGGCCCAAACUGCCCUGGAAACUCCUCCAUGCAGCGCUGCACCUGAUGGCCUUCAUCCUCACUGUUGUGGGGCUGGUUGCUGUCUUUACGUUUCACAACCAUGGAAAGAUUGCCAACCUCUACUCCUUGCACAGCUGGCUGGGCAUCACCGCUGUCUUCCUCUUCGCCUGCCAGUGGUGCCUGGGCUUUGCUGUCUUCCUCCUGCCCUGGGCGUCCGUGUGGCUGCGCAGCCUCCUGAAACCCAUCCACGUCUUUUUUGGAGCCGCCAUCCUCUCUCUGUCCAUCGCAUCCGUCAUUUCCGGCAUUAAUGAGAAGCUUUUCUUCAGUUUGAAAAACACCACCAGGCCAUACAACAGCCUGCCCAGUGAGGCGGUCUUUGCCAACAGCACCGGGAUGCUGGUGGUGGCCUUCGGGCUGCUGGUGCUCUACAUCCUUCUGGCUUCAUCUUGGAAGCGCCCAGAGCCAGGGAUCUUGACCGACAGACAGCUGCUGCUACAGCCGAGGCCUGGAUCCCGGCCUUUCCCUGUGACUUACAUGCCUGUCACCGGCAGGCAGCCCUACGAAUCCUGGUAACCUGCUCUCCCAAGAACAGAGCCUGUCCCCAGAUGUCCCAGUAGCGAUGAGUAACAGGUGGCUGUAGACUUCCUUUACUUCCCCUUGCUGGAUCAGGGCCUUCCUGCCUCCUGCUGGGCAGAUCUGGCCUUGCUCUCUUGGCAGGGCCCCAGCCCCUCUGAUCACUGCAGCUCACCAUGCAACUGAUGCCAAAGUUGUGGUGUCCUGUGUGCAGCAGCCCUGGGAGCCACUGCCACCUUCAGAGGGGUUCCUUGCUGAGACCCACAUUGCUUCACCUGCCCCCACCAUGGCUGCUUGCCUAGCCCAACCCAGUGUUCUGUGCCAUGCUAGAGCUUGAGCUAUUGUUCUUCAGAGGAGGAAAUACGGUGGGGAGGGGGAAGGGUCUUGCUCCUCUCCUAAGUGUUGCUGCUGUGGCUUUUUUGCCUUCUCCAAAGAUGCACUGCCAGGUCCCAAAUUCCAGACUGCUGUGCUUAGUAGGCAAGUGAGAAGCCUGGGGUUUGGAGCCCACCUACUCUCUAGCAGCAUCAGCAUCCUACUCCUGGCAACAUCAGGCCAACUGUCUGCCCCAGCCUCACAUUGCCAGAUGUUGGCAGAAGGGCUAAUAUUGAACAUCUUGAUUGGCUGGAGCCUUCAAAGCCACUGGGAUGUCCUCCAGGCACCUAGGUCCCAUGACCAGCUCCCUGUCGCCAUAGGGGUAGGCAUUUCACUGGUUUAUGAAGCCCGAGUUUCAUUAAAUAUGUUAAGAAUCAAA